UGAACGCAGCUUCCGUUUGGGGAAUCGGGACGACGUCAUCAACAAGCGCCACAAGAGCUCUUCACAAAAAUCUUCCUGGUUUCGGGUUAGUCGGCUCACAUUUAGAACCCUCGACACAGAAGAGACAGCAACGCAAGUGUGGAUCUGAUGGCACAACCUAUCGAUGCUUGUAUCGAUCCGCUCAGCCUGAGUUGAAGCAGCAAUGAGUUCAGCUCAGUAUCUGAGAGAGUUCAUCAAGAAGAGACUAACUGCUGUUUGUGAAGAAAUCUUUUCAGAGGUUCAAAAAAAACCAUCGUCCAGUAUGAGGAGGAGAUCAACCGUCAGCACAGACUGCUGGAUAUCAGCCGGAAACCCGACAAACUCACACAUCAUAGACUUCCUACAGGAGGAUGUCUGUGAGGAGGAGGUUCUUGCAGACCAGCAAGUCUGUACCCAAGAGAGAAACUCCAGCCUGGACGAGGAGGACCCAGAGCCUCCACAGAUUAAGGAGGAACAGGAGGAACAUUGCAGCAGUCAGGAGGAAGAGCAACUUGGACUGAAGCAGGAGGCUGAUACCUUCAUGGUGACUCAAUCUUAUGAGGAAAGUUCCCACAGUGAGCCAGAACCAAACAGUGAGCAGCUCCUUUCUCACAGCUCUCCUGAACCAGAGAGCCGAGAUCAUGAAGAAAGCCAGCAUGUGGACUCAGGAUCAACUAGAAAUGAAGAGCUGAAGAAAAGGAGACGUUACAGAAAGAGACGUCACAGUAAAAGAGUAGGCAAAGAGAGCCAACGUAAAACUGAAAGGAAAAUGUCCCUAAAAUGUGAAACUUGUGGCAAAACUUUCGAGUUUAUAUCCUGCCUCGCUGCACAUUUAGAAAUUCACGCAAGUGAGAAAAUGUAUUCUUGUAGCACGUGUGGGAAAAGAUUUGAUCAGAAAUCUGCAUUGGAUCAUCAUUUAACAAGUUAUCUAGGUCAGAAGAUGUAUUCUUGUAGCAUCUGUGGAAAAAAAAUGCACUCUAAAGCCUACAUGCCUACACAUAUGAGACUUCACACGGGUGAGAAACCAUAUUCUUGUAGCAUCUGUGGGAAACGAUUCAAUCAGAAAACAGGAUUGAAAACUCACAUAAGACGUCACACAGGGGAGAAGAGGUAUUCUUGUAGCGCCUGUGGGAAAGGUUUUCUCUUGAAAGCAGCACUGGAGCGUCAUAUAAGAUGUCACACAGGUGAGAAGCCGUAUGUUUGUUUAAACUGUGAGAAACCAUUUGCAGAUAAAACUGCACUGGACCGUCACUUAGUAAUCCACACAGGUGAGAAACCAUAUUGCUGUAACAGCUGUGGAAAAAAGUUCAAUCAGAGCGCAAACUUAAAGAAGCACAUGAUGAGAAUUCAUACUGGUUAAAGUUUCAUGCUUAGAAAAUGUGGGACGGCUGUGACUUACCCCCUAUUUUUUUUUUUUUUUUUUUUCAAAAUUGUCAGCACUGUGUUCUUCUGUUCAUUGGAUUAAAAUGAAGGCUCCGAUAUCAUGUUGGCUUCCUUUCUUUACUCAACCACACACUUAACUAGGGCUGUGCGAUGUGACCAAAAUCUCAGAUACCCAUAUAAGACAUUUAUCGUCCCGACAACGAUAUAUAUCACAAAAAAUUUACAUUUACUAUAAAUUAUGUGAAUCUUGGGCAACUCGUGUGUUUUCAGCUGGGCAUUGUGUACCUUAUGUUGAGUGUUUUGACAAAUGAAUUAAACUAUAUAAAUUCA